GGCCGUGGGAUAGGUUGUGUACUGACGACGAAUCCGCCAACGGAUUCACGCUCGCUGGUUGCUACGAUUACGCACAGCUGGCGUAGCGUUCACAACACACAGGUACCACCGGCUAAUCGUAGUAGCAGUAGCAGCAACAGCAUCAUCAGCUUUCCUUUCCGAGCACGAGUCGCAUUGUGCGGCGUAGAAAAUGAACGCCAGCAGCGGGACCACCGCGAUGGAGUCUGACAUGUUUGCAGACUAUUCAUCGGAAAACAUGACGAUCGUUGCGGAGGAUGGAGGGAUAGUGAUUGAUUGCACCAACCGGCUACCGACUGUGCAAGAAUAUCUCGAUGGCAUAACCAUCCCGAUCGCUUUGAUAAUCGCGGCAACGGUCGCGCUGAGCAUUGCGACGAUCAGUAUUUUCUUCAAAAACGCCUACCACAUCCUGCACCGGGCUCCGAAGCAAUUCAAAACCAAAUCCGUGCUUCUGCUAGCGAUCUAUCCGCUGGUGACACUAUUUUCCGUCGUAUCGAUCAGUGUUCCAAAGUCGUUCUUUCUCUGCGAUACGGUUAUGCACAUCUACUUCAUGAUUUGUGCCUACAUUCUGUUCAGUCUCUGCAUGCAGUACGUAGAUGGUGAGGAUGCUCUUAUCAAAUCCACAGAUUCGCACACGUUCUCUAUGCGCACACCGCCCCUAUGCUGCUGCAUACCACUGUUUAAGCGGACACCCAUCACCAAGAAUCGGUUGCUGUUCGUGCGUGCAUUAAUUAUGCAGCUGCCCAUCGUGCAGAGUGCCCUCUUUCUGGCACUGAAUGUUGUGUUUGUCGAGGACUAUUCCAACUUUAAUCGAAUUAUCCUGUACUUUGUGCCAUUGAUCGUUGCAUCUAUUCUACUCGGGGUGUGGGGAUUGAAUAUACUGGUGCGCAUGAUUGCGCCACUCUACUCAGAUCUGAAACUGAUGGGAAAAUAUUUUGUGCUGCAAGCGGUAUUGAUUCUGUGCCGAAUACAGCCUCUCAUCAUUGCGGCCAUCGUAAGUGGUGCCGCUUUGGAUUGUAGCUUCCCCAUGACACAGCAGGUGCAGAAGAAUGCUAUUUUCCAACUAUGUCUUUGCUUCGAGAUGAUGAUACUCUCCUGUUGGGCUUCGCAGCUCUACAAAUCGCCCUCCAUCGCAGCACAAGGAUAGAGCGAUAGAAUGGCCGGACAACUGAACUAAACCAAUAGCACACAGCUGGUUCUUAUGCUGGAUGGAAUGUAACUGUGUUUCAGUGUAUAAAUGUGAUACCCUAAGCCUCGAUACUGUGAGCAUGACCACCGUCUACCAACACUCUUGCCACACUCCCGGACGGGAAUUCCGUGCAGUGUACUUAUAUGGAUGUUAGGAAAUAGAACUAAUUGGAAAUCGCUAC